AAUGAUCUUUUUGUCUGCCAUCAGCAUCCAUAACGUUGAAAAUGCCGCCAGCACAGAUUGCCAGAAAGGCAUGCGACGUCUGCUACCGCAAGCGAAUUCGAUGCGACGGUCAAAAGCCCCGAUGUUCUCACUGCGUACUGUACAAGUCUGACUGCACGUUCCAAGCUACUAGUCGGAAGGCUGCAACAAGAAAACGGCCCAGUGGUACAGCGGCGGCUUUGCAGUCUCAGGUGCAAUCGCUCGAGACGAGUCUUGAUGAAGCGCAGCAGAGAAUAAAGGAGCUCGAGGAUAGAUUAUCACAGAAGAGCAGUCGGCAGGUUGAUCAGGUUCAGGUGAAUGAAUAUGACGUCAGCUGUUCUGGAAAAGGCUCUCAUGAGUUGGGUCUUGAGCUACCACCUCAACACGAAGUCUUGUCCGGAGUCAACAAGUUCCUUACAACCUUCAACACUAUCCUACCCCUCUUCCAUCCACAGAGACUUCUAAGUCGCGUCAGCGCAUGGUACGAACAACCUCACGGACGAGACGCCUCGACUUGGGGGGCUAUCAACGUGGUUCUUGCCCUAGCCUAUCGCCAUAUCCCAGACGAAGAAAAACCGCCCAAGUACAGCACCCUCCACUUCAUGAACAAGGCUCAAUCAGUUCUCAAUGAUAUCAUGUUGGGCGAUUCUAAUCUUCUGGACGUCCAAACAAUUGUCGGAAUGGUCGUGCUGCUGCAGGCGACGUCGGACUUGAAACCAGCUUCGGCUCUGAUUCCCAUUGCUUUGCGUCUUGCACAUGGGCUGGGACUACAUACCCGAUCGACCUCUGAGCAUAUCAGUAUGAGUGAGAGUCUAGAACGGGACCGUGUAUUUUGGAUUGCGUACAUCCUGGAUCGUGACAUAUCGAUGCGGACAAAGUUGCCGCCAAUCCAGAGUCAAAACGACAUCAGCAUUGACUGGCCAUCAGCUACACCUGCCGACGGAGCCGGACUACUCUACACAGUUGAUGAGUCGACAAGCUUCAACUUCUUCCUAUCUCGUGUACAACUUGCACAUAUCCAAGGUAAAGUCUAUGAAGCAAUGCUAUCCAUGUCACCCGCUGCAUCAGACGUCUACGUUCGUCUUGAGAACGUCGCUCGAAUCCACCAGGUGCUCGAUGAUUGGCUUGCCCGUAUACCAGUUGAGUUCUCGCCCAGCGCCAUUACUCAAAGUGGAAACGCGAACUUGCAGAGGGCGUUUGGUGUUCUGUACUCAAGCCAUCUUACUUGUCGAAGCGUUGUCUGCAAAGCUCAUGCCAUGGAGGCUCAAUGGAUACCAACUCUGCAGGACUUUGGUCGAAGAGCAGUAGAACAGGGAAUAGUCACUACCCCACGAUUGCCAGUGGGCUGGCAUAAGCUUGUCCAUGAGUCUCGCGAGUAUAUCAAACUGUUCACAGCGAUUGACCUCAAGGAUCCUGCGUUUGUCUGGAUGACGGCGUGCACUUACAUCUCAGGCGCAGUUUGCCUAACAGCCAACAGCCUUUUCAACCCCUGGCAUACGAGAAUUGACACAGAUGAUAUGUUGAUCACCCCUGCUUUCACAUUCUUGGAGGAUAUGAUACGGCAAGUGCCGCUUCCGCAGCUAAAGCGCUUGCGUAUCUCGUGGGAUGAGCUUUUGAGAAAUUCACGUGAGAUGUCUCUUCAGAAUGCUGUACAGAAUGUGAAUUGGCUCGAAACCACCUGUAGCUGAUGCUCCAAGCUAAAUCCUAAUAACAAAUUGGAAGAAAUGUCCCGUUAAGACAACAAUGAGAUUCAGGCGACAAUUGCUAUUGUGUGUUCAAAAUGUGAUACCUUUCAGAUACAUGUUGCCGCAAUAACAAUCCCCAGCCUCCGCGGAACAGCCAGCUGAAUCAUUUCAUAGACAUAACGUUUUGAUGUUCCGCGGAAGGAGAAAAGACAAUAUGCUUAU